AUGGCUUUAGCAAUUUCUCAUGAUGACACGCAAGUGUUGCUGCAUGAUAAAAAUGUUCUUGAGGAAUCAGUUUUGGAUAAAUACAGAUCUGCAGGGCAAAUAACGCAAACCGCGCUCAAAUUCGUUGCAGGGCUCAUCAACGAAUCUUAUCAUGAAAAAUCUUCCCAUAGAAUUCCAAUUCAUGAACUGUGCCUCUUGGGUGACAGUUUCAUGGCCACCUGCCUGGAGAGCUUUUAUAAAAACAAAGUUGCAGAGCGUGGCAUCGCUCAUCCAACCAGUAUCGAUGUAGAUGAAAUUGCGAGCGGAUGGAGUCCUGAAAUUGAUGAGAUAGAACAGCUACGCGCGUCGAACAAAAGCAUUUCUGACUCUGCGUCUGGAUCUCGUAGAUCUGUUGACGGACUUUUGCAACCGGGCGAUCUCGUAACCAUAUCACUUGGUGUCCACAUCGACGGCUAUACUUCUCAAGUUUCCCACACCAUGGUCAUUUAUCCCGUGUCUACCGAUGAAAAGGAGCAAAAUGUGCCACAGGGUCCACUUUUGGGAUCUAAGGCCGAUGCGUACGCGGCCGCUCACAUCGCUAUGGAGACCGUGGUAUCUUUACUCGCGUGCGCAGCGACGCCUGGGAAACUACCUAGUGCUCUGAGCGGUUCGCAGCAAAAUGUUACGGGCCAUUUAAUUCGUACCGUUGUCGACACAAUCGCGCGCUCAUAUCACUGCUGCGUCGUCCCGGGCUCCAAAGUACGCCGCGUCAGAAGAUUUUUGGCUGGUCAAAACGAAGGCGUGGUGGCAGAAAGAGGUUUCAAAGGUGUUAGUUGGUCCGAGUCUCACCAAGAAGCUACAAUGUUGCAGAGGUCUGCCCAAGACACCCAAGAAUUGUUGAAGGUUCAACCCUCCAAACUUAACAACGAAUCUGCGGUUCCAACUGACGACUUUACCGUUUUGCCUGGCGAAGCUUACGUGAUCGACAUUCAGAUGGCUCCUUUGGAAGGGCUUGCGCCUGGGCUCAUUACUUUAGAAACUGUGGACAAUUUCUCGGGCAAAUCGCAUCGUUCCGAUCAACUUCUCGCGAAACCUUGCUCUUAUGUCAGGGAUUUCGCGCAUUCUUAUGUUUUGAAGCUAAAGACUUCAAGACAGCUUCUCACCAAGAUCGACAGACAAGGUGUGUAUCCUGUUAAAUUGUCAUACCUCAGCGAUGCUUUUCCUCUUGACGUGACACAGCCAGACCCUAGCUCAAUGGAGCAACUAUCCAAGGAUUUGAAGUCCUAUCGACUGGGUAUCAGCGAGAUCACCAACAAUUACUUGGCCAUUCCAAACCCAAUAUACGUCGCAAAGUCCUUGCCUUGGGACAAGAUUCUAAACUCAGCAAACCCUUCAGGACGCCUGGGAAUCGAUGCCAACGCACGUUCGCUACCGGGGCAAGAACUACCUCUUCCUAGAUUAAACAUAUCCUCUCUCAAAUUAAAGUCGUUACUAAAGCACGCAGUUUCAGUACCAGUGGCACGCGAAAGUGCCACUGUAAUCAUUUGCUCCGGAGACGUCGUCUCCUCGGGUAAACCUGAGCUGCUGAGAGUAACGGGUGGUUCUAAAACGUGCCAGCCAAGUUGGAUACAUUCAAAGUUCCAGCUUGACCCCAAUGAUCCGUUGGUACAGGGCAUUUUUCAACUGGCAGAGUUAGCGAAGGAUAAGAGGUUUGGUAUAGCUACGAGAGAAACGCAACCAUUGAAGAGAAAUAUGCAAGUGACACCGACAUCAGGGUCCCAGCCAACGAGCGCUGAUGUUGAUAUGGCUUAG